AUGGCAGCACCAGCGAACCUGCCGGCUCUCAUGUCUAUUAUCGAUGUUCGAGGCAAAGCCUCGGAGUCUGGACCGCGUGCUUAUCCCCGGCACAGGAAAAGAAAAUGGCACGCGAAAGUCCCGACUGGCUGUCUUCGAUGCAAACAAAGACGGGUGAAAUGCAGCGAGGAGAAGCCAUAUUGCGCUCGAUGCAGCAAACUCGGUCUGCCAUGUCCAGGCUACAAGAUCCCCGUGCCGCGCAUCUUCGAAUUCCGACCACGGUCAGCUCCGCUAUUCGAGUCUGAGCUGGACAAGACGAGAUACGAAUACUUCGUCGAGGUCGGGAGCAAGAUCCUGGCGACGUUCCAGCUGAACUCGAUGCCCUUCUGGACACGGCUAGCACCACGGCUAGGUCUCGACCACGCUGCUGUUCGACACGGUCUGAUUGCGUUGGGCGCUCUACAGGCCCCAUUGCAUAACAUCACAGUGGCCGGACUGCAGGUACAGGCGCGUCCGGAGAUCUGUGAGCUCGCUAUGUCGCAUACACACAAAGCAAUGCACAUGAUUCGGACCGCCGACCCCAUGACGCUGCCGGUUGAAGUGUCGCUGACCUGUUGCUUGUUGUUCCUUGCCAUGCAGUUCUGGAUCGAGAAGACUUCGUCGGCUGCCAUGCACAUCAUGGCGGCAUAUCGCAUUCUGCAAGAGAAGUUUGGCAACGACGCAUCACUGUGGGCCAAAAACCCCGAUGUCCCCGGUGAUAUUGCUACGACCUUCAUCCCAGCGCUCAACGAGCUCAUCAACCAUGCCUGUACGUUUUCCGACGACUUUCCCCCAGCUGGAUCUGGUAUCCCGGCAGACUACCAUCUUGGCUACGAUGUGGGCCAGAUAAGCAGCAUCUCAGAUGCGAACGGUGCCCUCGACGCCAUCGACCGGUUACUCAAGUGUGUUUUGCGGGCGACCUCGAGGCCCGGGAUAUCACAGUCCCUCGAAAAGACGAUUGCUGAGGCAUUCAGGUGCCUGGACUGCAAAUUGCAGGAGCUACAUGAUAUAGAUGCCCUUCCACGACACGGACGCGACUAUAUCCACCUUUGUCUGCACCUCCGAGUGGCCAAGGUUAUGUUCUUCACGAUUGGCCGCCCUGAUGAGGCCGAGUUUGACGCAUUUCAUCCGCACUUCAGUUUUAUCGUCGGAUGUUGUAGAAGGGUUAUAGAUCUGGAUACCGUUGUUCGCCCAGAGAAGCAGAGCGUGUUGAGUCCCAGCCUUGGAAUCCUACCACCCUUGUUCUUCGUUGCUACCCGCUGUCGAGAACCGAGGUUGCGUCACGAGGCGCUCGACCUCUUGCACGAAGCAGGUGUGAGUGAACGGGGAUGGACAAGCUGUAUAGCCUUUGCAAUUGCUCGGUUCGUGGUUAAUGAAGAAGAGGUCAGACUCAACUCCCUUCCCGUGGAAGAUAGGACGGCGGAUCGCAUCCAUCGCCGGAUCAGGUUGCGCGAUGUUCAAGUCUGCGGUCCAGCGCGCACGGCGAACAUCACAUAUUUGGUCUUCCAACAGAGCUCCUCCGAGGACACUGGACCACUUGUUACUGCUAUUUCUACUUCAGAACGCGGCUCGAAAGACAUUGUUCGAUGCAAGGCAAGAAUACCUUACCCGUCACACCCGUCGGUCGAGAUCGAUGGUGUGACUUCCGUUGAAAUGCCAUUGCUAGUCUUUUCGCCCGAGAAAUUCCAGGGCAAUCCCUUGGCCCUGGUUUCCGUGCACGGGAAUGCGCUCUCCCAGAAACGCAAGGCCCAAAUCGCAAGGGAGUUCAGGUACUCCGAAACCGUGUUUUUGCAUGAUGCUCCAGGCCCUGGUCAGCCCCGGUUGCUAGAGAUAUUUUCGGAGACUGGGGAAGAGUUACCUUUUGCAGGUCAUCCUGUCAUCGGGGCGGCGUAUUAUAUAUUCAGCUAUCUUGAGAGAAUGCACUACGGCGGCCCUGCUGACCGAGACACACAAAAGCAAAGUGCUGUUCUCCUGACAAAGGCCGGCCGAAUACCGAUCUUCUUCAACCCCUACCGUCAGGUGGCCGCUUGUGUAGUCCCCUUUAACUGCCACAUUCACUCCCAUCGAGUUCCGAUUGAGAAGAUCAUCACCACACAACCCCAUAUUCAAAUAAUCCCGACCAUCGACAAGGAAAAAGACAAAAUGUUCCCCCUGGUCUCAAUCGUCAAGGGUAUGACCUUUGUUCUCGUUGACCUCACUGACAAUGCCGAGAUCUUCGGCGCCUUGCAAGCGGCCAAAUCCCCGGAAGUCGACCUGGACGCUGAGUGGUCACCUAGCUUCGUGGGCUGCAUGUACUACAAAGUCUUAGCGAAGUCGGAACAACCAGGGGAACCGACUAUUCAUAAUAUCCAAGCAAGGAUGAUUUCGCAUGGCAUCGAGGACUCGGGAUCAGGGAGUGCGUGUUGUGCUUUGGCUUGUUAUUUGGCGUUGAAUAGCGCCAACCAUUCGUUGGAGGCCCAGAAGCUGGCAGAGGAACGCACAGACCAAGGAAGCGCAGAUUCGGAACUCACAAAGCAGACACAAGAUUUGAAGUUGGGAGAGACAAAAACAGAGAGGAAAGUAUUUGGCAUCCAACAGGGAGCAGAGAUGGGGAGACUAUGCACCAUCGCGGUCGAAGUGGACGUGAAGACGGAUGCACAGGGGAAGGCAAGCAUCACGAACGUGGUCUUGUCGGGGAGAGCCAACUUACAUCUCAGAGGGGAAAUUCUGGGUUUCUAA